AUGGAGGAUGAGAAGAUACAUGACUAUUACUUAAAGAUCCUGGAUAUUGCCAAUUCCUUUGAUUCUCUUGGAGAGAAAAUUUCUUAUGAAAAGCUUGUGAGGAAAAUUUUCAGAUCUCUACCUAAGAGGUUUAACAUGAAGAUUAUUUCAUAUACAGAAGAAAUGUAUCACAAAGUUCAUAAUGGUGCUAUCGCUAACCAUUCAAGGGGGGAAGCUUCAAACAAUGCAAAACAAGAAAAAAGAAAGGAAAAAGUAGAAGAAGAUGGUGAGAAAAAAGAGCUAACUAUUGAGGAACUAGAGGCAAAGAUAUAUAAAGAUGAAAUGCUGCUAAGAAAGAUAAAGGAAGAAAGAAGUAAAAGAGACAAUACUACAUCAUUGGAACAAAGAAAAAGAAAGACAAUGGCUCGUGCACAAGAGCGCAUAUUAAGUUUACUUGAAAAUGAAUUGAGUUUACUCUUCCUAGCGAAUCGUGAACUAAGGUACAUGUUAAUGAUGAUGGAAGUUUGUGAUGCUCGUGGCUUCAUCUAUGGAGUAAUACCCCACGAGGGAAAACCAAUGAGUGGUUCAUCAGAAAAUUUACGAGGCUGGUGGAAAGAUAUAGUUAAAUUCGACAAAAACGGUCCAGCAGCAAUUGCUAAAUAUGAAGCGGAAAAUGGAAUUAAAACAACAAAUUAUGAAAAGUUGAAUGGUGAACCAAUUACACUUCACUCGCUGAAUGAACUAUCCGACACCAUAUUAGGUUCACUUCUCUCAUCAUUAGUGCCGCAUUGUCACCCACCACAACGGAGUUUUCCAUUGGAAAAAGGCAUUCCUCCACCAUGGUGGCCAACAGGGAAAGAAUCAUGGAGGAAGGAGAUGAGAUUUAGUGAAGCACCUGGCCUACCCCCUUAUAGAAAGCCGCAUGAUUUGAAAAAGGUUUGGAAGGUUUAUGUUUUGGCAGCGGUUAUUAAACAUAUGUCUCCUAAUGUUCAUAAUAUUAGGAACAUAGUCAGACAAUCAAGGAGUUUACAAGAUAAACUCACCAUGAAGGAAACAUCUAUUUGGGGUGCAAUUAUUGAUCAUGAAGAAACAAUUGCAAGAAAAAUACAUCCUGAAUUUUUCUCAAGUUUUGAUUCUCGUGUUGAAGGAAGUAAUUAUUUGCUUGUUGAGGCAAAUGAUGUUGAUGUUGUGGAAGGUGGUGAGCACAAUCUAGCAGAACGAAAACUAUCAUCAUCAUCUUCACCAUCAUCAUCGUCCUUAUCGUCAUAUGAGGGUACUAACAAGAGAAAACGUAAACCUGGCAAGAGAAUUGGUACUCAUCAUAACUCUUUUCUUAACACUCAUCAACAUGCUACACCUCUUGACCAACAUGAAUUCCAGCAAGAGAGGAAUGUGAGAAACAAUCAUCAUGUUACUAGUACACAUAUUGGAAGCAGCAGUAACAUCAACAACAAAAACCUAUUCCAAAUGGUUGGAGUUGAAGUGUCAACUACUCAUCAAAAUGUUGCACCUCUUGCCCAACGUGCGCAAGCUGCGGUACCUGUUGCAGAUCAGAUCACUCAUCAUACAGGUAAUCAUUAUAGUCUAGUAAAUGAUAUGUUAGCUUAUAGGUUUGCGAAGUUGGUUGUUUCAAACUUAAAAAGCUUUGCCGCCGCUGAUUAUGGAUUCCAUAACAAUGCAGGCAAUUACUCAGGAAGAGGAGAAGUGGAUUCUGAUUUGAUGGACAUAUAUAAUUCAGGCAUUCAGCUGAAUAAAAACACCAAUGUCAUGAGUAUGAUGAUUCCAACUCCUGGUGUUAAUCAUAACGUGCACCAUCAAAUCUACCAUGCAAGUGCUCAACCAGAGAAGAACAACAUGAGUACUAUGAUUCCAAAUCACGGUGUCAAUCAAAGCAUGCAUCGUCAAAUCUACACUGGAAGUGUUCAACAGAACAAGAACACCAUCAUGAGUACUAUGGUUCCAACUCCUGGUGUUAAUCAAAACUUGCAUCCUCAAGUCUACACUUCAAGUGUUCAUCAACAACAGAAGAGCAACACCAUGAUGAAUACCUCAAUGAUGAGUAAUUCAAUGCCAGUUAUGAACAUGGUUGCAACUCCCGUAUUUAACCAAAACAUGCAGCAUCAAAUGGAUCAAAAUUUCUAUGCGCAACAAGGGGGUGCAGAUAGCUAUUAUAACUACAAAGUGCGUAAUGCUGAAGUAGCUAAUGUUCCAAUGCAAGCAAAUGUCUCAACAACAAGCUUUGAUCCAACUUUUGAGCAUUUGAAGGCAUUCAAUUCUCAAUUUCAUGUUGAUGCUUACAACAACUCUUUGGCAUCAUCAAGUUAUGAUUGGAAUCAAUAA